AUGAUUAUUGCAGGAGGACUGAAUAAUGACUGGGGUAGUUUACUUCGUGUUACUAAUGAAAACAGCAGGAAUACUUCAGUAACAAGUGUUGAUACCAGUAUUCUAUCUGCAAGAGUGGCUUACUUCUACAACCUCUUAGGACCUGCAUUGACGAUUAACACAGCCUGUUCUUCUUCAAUGGUGGCAAUUGAUACAGCAAUGCAGGCAUUGAAAAAUGGUGAAAUAUCGAUGGCUAUUUGCGGUGGAGUCAAUGUCAUUCUAGAUCCAGAUACUUAUAUUGGCUUGUCAUGCGCACGAAUGGCUUCGCCAACAGGGAAAUGUCACACCUUUUCAGUCGAGGCAGAUGGAUACGCCCGUGGGGAAGGAUGUGGUGUUGUGUUGUUAAAAAGACUUACAAACGCAAUCCACGACAAAAACAAGAUAUGGGGGACAAUCUAUACGAAGCUGAAACAGGAUGGCCAUAUGAGUACUCCAAUUACAUCCCCUUCUGGCAAACAGCAAGAGCGUUUGUUAGAAAAUUUUCAAAGAAAGCAAGACGUCCCGUCCUGUACAAUACGUUGA